AUGGCCCCUACGGAAGCCCAGGUCCUGACAAGCUACCUCAUCCGACCGGCCUCCCUAGACGCCAUCCUGACGUACGACGCCUUCGCGGAGCGCUUCCCCCCCCCGCAGCGGGACUCGCCCGCCGUCCGGGCCCUGUGGAAGGAUCUGGUGUCGCAGCGUGAGCGGCUGCUGGACGAGGUUCGCGCCGCCAUCGAGGCCGAGGUGGUGCGGGGCCAGGCCAUGAAGAGGGAGAUUAUCCGGGCAAGGAGGGAGGCAGAGAGGGAUGAUGAACCUGAUGGCGAGAAACACAACCUCGACUCCAUCGUCGUGGAACUCGAGGGGGCGGCGGACGCGGUGGAGGCGGAGAUGGCGAGGUUGCAGGACGAGGAGGCUACGCUGAGGGAGGAGAUUGCCCAGACCAUCGGGGGUCUGAGCGAUUUGCGGUACGGCAGGUUCGCAGAUGGGAACGUCAGUUCUGAUGUUGUCGAUGCUCUGGGUACCCUGAGCGAGACGUGUAGGGGGAAGGCUUGA